AUGGUGUGUGUUCUUAGGAUGCAUGCACUGCACUAAUUUACAUGGAAAGUCUAAAAUUGGAAAUUGUUCCAAGGCACACGCACACGCACGUCUGCCGAAAAGUGUUGUUUGUGUCAGUCAAUACGUGGGGAGAAAAUAGGCACACACACAUACACAUAAUGUACAAUGCACACGCGCGUCUUUGCUAUAUAAUAAGGAACAAUCAAACGAUGAACAUCAAUUUUAUCCAAUUCAUUCUUCGGGUAUGCUUAUAAACUGGAUACAUUCAAGUUGACUUGUGAUAAAGUCAAGAUGGGCUAGAAAUCCAAAAUGAGCGAAAGAGAAAUUCACGAUUCAUUUAUUGCUUGGUGGCACCUUU